AUGGCCCCCGCUCGGGGCCGCCUGUCCGCGGCGCUCUGGGUCGUCACGGCCGCGGCGGCGGCUGCCACCUGCGUGUCCGCGGCGCGCGGGGAAGUGAAUUUGCUGGACACGUCGACCAUCCAUGGGGACUGGGGCUGGCUCACGUAUCCCGCUCACGGGUGGGACUCCAUCAACGAGGUGGACGAGUCCUUCCAGCCCAUCCACACAUACCAGGUGUGCAACGUCAUGAGCCCCAACCAGAACAACUGGCUGCGCACCAGCUGGGUGCCCCGCGACGGUGCCCGGCGCGUCUACGCCGAGAUCAAGUUCACCCUGCGGGACUGCAACAGCAUGCCCGGCGUGCUGGGUACCUGCAAGGAGACCUUCAACCUCUACUACCUGGAGUCAGACCGUGACCUGGGCGCCAGCACGCAGGAGAGCCAGUUCCUCAAAAUCGACACCAUCGCGGCCGACGAGAGCUUCACCGGGGACGACCUGGGUGUGCGGCGCCUCAAGCUCAACACGGAGGUGCGAGGUGUGGGCCCCCUCAGCAAGCGCGGCUUCUACCUGGCCUUCCAGGACAUCGGUGCCUGCCUUGCCAUCCUGUCUCUCCGCAUCUACUACAAGAAGUGCCCCACCAUGGUGCGCAACCUGGCCGCCUUCUCGGAGGCGGUGACGGGGGCCGACUCAUCCUCGCUGGUGGAGGUGCGGGGCCAGUGCGUGCGGCACUCCGAGGAGCGGGACACACCCAAAAUGUACUGCAGCGCCGAGGGCGAGUGGCUGGUGCCCAUUGGCAAGUGCGUGUGCAGCGCGGGCUACGAGGAGCGGCGGGACGCCUGUGUGGCCUGUGAGCUGGGCUUCUACAAGUCGGCGCCCGGGGACCAGCUCUGCGCCCGCUGCCCUUCCCACAGCCACUCUGCAGCCCCUGCCGCCCAGGCCUGCCGCUGUGACCUCAGCUACUUCCGUGCAGCCCUGGACCCACCGUCUGCAGCCUGCACCCGCCCCCCCUCGGCACCAGUGAAUCUGAUCUCCAGCGUGAAUGGGACUUCUGUGACCCUGGAGUGGGCCCCCCCACUGGACCGGGGCGGCCGCAGCGACAUCACCUACAAUGCCGUGUGCCGCCGCUGCCCCUGGACCUUGGGCCACUGCGAGACGUGCGGGAGCCGCACCCGCUUCGUGCCCCAGCAGACCAGCCUGGUGCAGGCCAGCCUGCUGGUGGCCAACCUGCUGGCCCACAUGAACUACUCCUUCUGGAUCGAGGCCGUCAACGGCGUGUCCGACCUGAGCCCAGAGCCCCGCCGGGCUGCCGUCGUCAACAUCACCACGAACCAGGCAGCCCCGUCCCAGGUGGUGGUGAUCCGCCAGGAGCGGGCGGGGCAGACCAGCGUCUCGCUGCUGUGGCAGGAGCCAGAGCAGCCCAAUGGCAUCAUCCUGGAGUACGAGAUCAAGUACUACGAGAAGGACAAGGAGAUGCAGAGCUACUCCACCCUCAAGGCUGUCACCACCAGGGCCACCGUCUCGGGCCUCAAGCCGGGCACCCGCUACGUGUUCCAGGUCCGAGCCCGCACCUCGGCUGGCUGCGGCCGCUUCAGCCAGGCCAUGGAGGUGGAGACCGGGAAACCCCGUCCCCGCUACGACACCCGGACCAUCGUCUGGAUCUGCCUGACACUCAUCACCGGCCUGGUCGUGCUUUUGUUCCUGCUCAUCUGCAAGAAGAGGCACUGCGGCUACAGCAAGGCCUUCCAGCACUCGGACGAGGAGAAGAUGCACUAUGAGAACGGGCAGGCACCUCCACCCGUCUUCCUGCCCCUGCACCACCCUCCGGGGAAGAUCCCAGAGCCCCAGUUCUAUGCAGAACCCCACACCUACGAGGAGCCGGGCCGGGCGGGCCGUGGCUUCACCCGUGAGAUCGAGGCCUCUAGAAUCCACAUCGAGAAGAUCAUCGGCUCCGGAGAGUCCGGGGAAGUCUGCUACGGGCGUCUGCAGGUGCCGGGGCAGCGGGACAUGCCCGUGGCCAUCAAGGCCCUCAAAGCUGGCUACACGGAGAGACAGCGGCAGGACUUUCUGAGUGAGGCAUCCAUCAUGGGUCAGUUUGACCACCCCAAUAUCAUCCGCCUUGAAGGUGUCGUCACCCGUGGCCAGCUGGCAAUGAUCGUGACAGAGUACAUGGAGAACGGCUCUCUGGACACCUUCCUGAGGACUCACGACGGGCAGUUCACCAUCAUGCAGCUGGUGGGCAUGCUCCGAGGAGUGGGCGCCGGCAUGCGCUACCUCUCGGACCUGGGCUAUGUCCACCGCGACCUGGCUGCCCGCAACGUCCUGGUCGAUGGCAACCUGGUCUGCAAGGUGUCUGACUUCGGGCUCUCGCGGGUGCUGGAGGACGACCCCGACGCCGCCUACACCACCACGGGAGGGAAGAUCCCGAUCCGCUGGACGGCCCCCGAGGCCAUCGCCUUCCGGACCUUCUCCUCGGCCAGCGACGUGUGGAGUUUUGGGGUGGUCAUGUGGGAGGUGCUUGCCUACGGGGAGCGGCCCUACUGGAACAUGACCAACCGGGACGUCAUCAGCUCCGUGGAGGAGGGGUACCGCCUGCCCGCACCCAUGGGCUGCCCCCACACCCUGCACCAGCUCAUGCUUGACUGCUGGCACAAGGACCGGGCCCAGCGGCCUCGCUUCUCCCAGAUCGUCAGCGUCCUGGACACGCUGAUCCGCAGCCCUGAGAGUCUCAGGGCCACGGCCACUGUCAACAGGUGCCCGCCCCCCGCCUUUGCCCGGAGCUGCUUUGACCUCCGCGGGGGCGGGGGUGGCGGCGGGGGCCUCACCGUGGGGGACUGGCUGGACUCCAUCCGCAUGGGCCGCUACCGGGGCCACUUCGCUGCAGGGGGUUACUCCUCUCUGGGCAUGGUGCUACGUAUGAAUGCUCAGGAUGUGCGUGCCCUGGGCAUCACCCUCAUGAGCCACCAGAAGAAGAUCCUGGGCAGCAUCCAGACCAUGAGGGCCCAGCUGACCAGCACCCAGGGGCCCCACCGGCACCUCUGA